GUGGGCAAGAACCCGAUCCAAAAAGGAUGCGAAAACCGUAGAGGAAAGCUUCCAUUUUUCCUUUCUCUUCUUACAACGAUUCUAUUGUGGAGCACGACAAGACUUGCUCUGACGUUUCUUACACCCCCAGCAAUCGCAUUUCCUCCGCCCUAACCACCCAGCUUAAACCGAUCCACUAAAAACGGGGAAAUGACCGUUUCCACUUUACCUCAACUUUGAACCACUCCCAAUCCCCAUAUUAUAACUACUGCUUAAAAAGGGGGUUAAAAAAGAAACCGGAGAACCGGGGCCGAGCAGAGGAUCAAAAGCAACUACUAUGGCCACGACUACGACGAGCCUUGGGGCGGGCGGGGAGGACCGGGUCAUGGCGACGGCGCAGCAGAUCGUGAAGAGUCUCAACACUCCAAAAGAGGUUCGUGAAGACAUGCUGUUAAUUUUGUCUACCUUCGAUAACCGUUUGUCCAACAUCACCGAUUUAAUCAAGGAAGACUCCGAUAGUACCGGCGUCCGCUUCGAUGCCGCCGAGAAAGUGAUCCUCCGGUGGGACUCUUCCUCCUCCAACCCUGACGCUUCCCGCCACUCUCUCCCCUGGGAAGACUCUCCCGAUGAAGCCGCCGAGUACCUCUCGGCGGUUGACGAAAUCAUUCAAUUGGUUGACGAUAUGUCGGUUCGGUCCGGUAACGAAAUCAUGGACCGGGCAGAGACCGCUAUUCAGAUGGCUAUGUCGAGGCUGGAAGAUGAGUUUCGGCUCAUUUUGAUUAGUGGCACCGUCCCGCUUGAUGCGGAGCAACUCUACGGUUCGAUCCGGAGGGUUUCCCUCUCUUUCGUAGCUAACGAAGGCGAAAUUGACGAGGAAUUCGUGAGUUUCGGAGAGGUUGAUAGCAAAAGAGGGUGCUUUCAUGAGCGAGGAGCGAGUUUGGGAGAUGAUUUGUGCGUGGAUUUGAUAAAUGCUGAUGCUGUUAUUGAGUUGAAAGAGAUUGCGGACCGGAUGAUCCGGUCCGGGUACGAAAAAGAGUGUGUUCAAGCUUAUUGUAAUGUUAGGCGUGAUGCUUUGGAUGAGUGUUUGGUGAUUCUUGGAGUUGAGAAGUUAAGUAUUGAGGAAGUCCAGAAGAUUGAGUGGAAGGCUUUGGAUGAAAAGAUGAAGAAGUGGAUUCAGGCAGUUAAGAUUACUGUUAGUGUUCUUCUGAGUGGGGAAAAGAGGCUUUGCGAUCAGAUUUUUAAUGGGUCCGAUUCGAUUAAAGAGAUUUGUUUUAAUGAGAAUGCUAAGGGGUGUGUAAUGCAGUUGUUGAAUUUUGGGGAAGCUGUGGCUAUUGGGAAAAGAUCAUCCGAGAAGCUGUUUAGGAUUCUGGAUAUGUAUGAUGUGUUGGCAGAUGCUUUACUGGAUUUUGAGAUGAUGGUUACAGAUGAAUAUUUAUGUUGUGAGGCAAAGGGGGUGCUGGCUGGAUUAGGGGCUGCGGCAAAAGGAACUUUUGUGGAGUUUGAGAAUGAUGUGAAGAAUGAGGCUUCGAAGAAACCUAUGCAGACUGGGGAGAUUCAUCCUCUUACACGUUAUGUGAUGAAUUAUGUCAAACUGCUUGUGGAUUAUAGUGAGACUUUGAAUUCAUUAUUGGAGAGUGAUGAGGAUGAAGCAGAUGGAUUGCAGAGUGAAGAUAGUGAGCUGGAGAAUAUGACUCCAUUUGCUAAACGGUUGUUGGUUUUGAUAUCGUCUUUGGAAUCCAAUCUUGAGGUGAAAUCAAAACUGUACGAGGAUGCUGCAUUGCAUUGUAUAUUUUUGAUGAAUAAUAUUCUGUAUAUCGUGCAAAAGGUGAAGGAUUCUGAGCUAGGAAAGCUUUUGGGGGACAAUUGGGUUCGUAGACGACGUGGCCAGAUACACAAAUAUGCUACAAGUUAUCUUAGGGCUUGUUGGACCAAAGCUCUGUAUUGCCUGAAGGAUGAAGGAAUUAGUGGUAGCUCUAAUAAUGCUUCCAAGUUGGCCUUGAAGGAAAGAUUUAAGAACUUCAAUGCAUGUUUUGAAGAAAUAUAUAGGAUUCAGACAGGUUGGAGAGUCCCAGAUCCUCAACUUCGUGAAGAGCUUCGAAUUUCUAUAUCAGUGAAAGUACUUCCAGCUUAUCGUUCCUUCAUGGGGAGGUUUGGGAGUCAGCUAGAGAGUGGAAAGCAUGCUGGAAAAUACAUUAAGUAUACACCAGAGGAUUUAGAAAAUUACCUAUUGGAUUUGUUUGAAGGAUCAUCUCUUGUUCUUCAUCAUAUGAGAAGAAAGAGUUCAUAGGAUACAGGCAGGACUCUUGUUUCAGGUAUGGCCAUUGCGCCCAUCAAGGACUAGCUGGAGCAAGAGUUCACAUACAUCUGUAUCUGAUGACAUGUUUUUUUAUUUUGUCUGUUUGAUGUUAUAAACACAGGUUUUGUGAAAGUUAAAUGUCACCCCUUUAUAUACUGUAUCUUGUACAUGUUUAUAAUCUAUAGUUUCUCUAUGUAUGGAUU